AUGUGGGUCUAUAACAGGGAGAAGAAACAGCUGGAGGAGCAGGAGAUCAGCUUCGUGCAGAUUGAAGUUCAAUCUGGAUGGGCCCUUUUGCGGACUAGCGUCCGCUACACUACAAGAUUUUCGAUGAAAUUCUUGUCAAUGCUGCUGACAACAAACAUAGAGAUCCUAAGAGGAACACGAUUAGAACCACCAUCAAUAAGGUAAAAAUGAGAUCUCUGUGUACAACAACGGAAAAGGAAUCCCUGUCACCCAGCACAAAGUCGAGAAAGUCUUCGUUCCCGAGCUUAUUUUUGGAACUCUUCUCACGUCUUCCAACUACAACAACGAUGAGAAGAAAGUGGCAGGAGGGCGCAACGGAUAUGAAGCAAAACUCUGCAACAUCUUCUCCAACAAGUUCACCAUGGAGACGUCUUUUCGUGACUACAAAAGUGCAUUCAAGCAAACAUGGAUCAACAACAUGACACGUGAUGAGGAGCCCAAAAUUGUUGAGAGCACGGAGAAAGACUUCACGAAGAUCACGUUCUCGCCGGAUCUGUCAAAGUUCAAGAUGAAGGAGCUGGACGAUGAUGGCUCGUCGUGCCUGUGACGGGGCUGGAUCCAUUAAAGGAGUCGCUGUCUUCCUCAAUGGCGAGAGAAUUCCAGUCAAAGGAUUCGAAGACUACGUGAACAUGUACACAUCACAGUUCACCAAUCAAGGAGAAACUCAAGAUGGCCUAUGAUCAAGUUGGAGAUCGUUGGCAGGUGGCGUUGGCCUUUCGGAGAAAGGUUCCCAGCAAGUUUCCUUCGUGAAUAGUAUUGCGACCACAAAAGGAGGACGUCAUGUGGAUUACGUCGCCGAUCAGAUGGUCACAAAAUUCAUCGACUCCAUCAAGAAGAAACUUACCAAGACGUCGACGAAUAUCAAGCCGUUCCAGAUCAAAAAACACAUGAGGAGAAGUUUUUUUAGAAGUUUUCCAAGGCGGCAUCAAGGGUUGGAAUCACCGACGCUGUUAUGACUUCGGUUCGCUUCAAACGAAUGGACGACCUCAACAAAAUGUGCUCCAAGCCGGAGACUUCCAUCAUGAAGGACAUCUCAAGGCUGGUGGACGCAAACGAUGCUGGAACCGAAAAAUCAGAAUGGACGGAUGGAGAUUAG